GAUAUGUAAGUUGCGCCCUCAUACCUGUACCCAAUCAAUGUUUCGCGACGUAGUCCCUGUUGCCUACCGUGUAUUCUAUACCGUGUAUAGAAUACACUAAGAGUCUAAGACACAACCUUUUCCACAUUUCACAAACACGAAUCCCUCAAAUACCUUCCAUAGGUAACCAACUCCCGACUACGUAAGACUUAAGUGUCCGGAUAGUGAAUAUCGGGCUUCUAAAUAGGGGCAAUCAUAUCAGUAUAUCAACUACAACUUGCUUGCAAUUAUGAAGAGAAAGAAAUGGGUUGUCUUGGAGAAUAAUCCCGAGGUGAUGAACCAAUUGGCCGCAAAGCUAGGUUUGUCCCGGGAGUUAUCAUUCUACGAUGUCUGGUCGCUUGAUGAACCUGAACUCCUAGCCCACAUCCCUCGUCCCGCCCUGGCUUUACUAGUCAUCUUGCCCCUUACCCCUGCCUGGAAGGCAGAGCGCGAGGCCGAAGAUGCUGAGAAGGAGGACUAUCAAGGUCGCGGACCUGAGGAGCCCGUAAUCUGGUUCAAGCAGACCAUCGGCAACGCUUGCGGGUCCAUUGGGUUCCUGCACUGCGCCAUCAACGGCCCGACUGCGGAGUACAUCCAACCGGGCUCCGAUCUGGACGAGAUCCGUCGCCAGGCCAUCCCUUUAGGAAUGAAGGAGCGGGCCGACUUGCUUUAUAACAGUGUCCCUUUCGAAAAAGCUCACGAAUCGUGCGUCCAACUUGGAGAUACUGUCGCCCAGAACGAAGAGCAUCUAGGACAACACUUUGUAGCGUUUGUUAAGGUUGGUGGUAGGCUCUGGGAAUUGGAAGGGUCGAGGAAGGGUCCGAUAGACAGAGGCGCGCUUGCGGACGACGAGGAUAUUCUUAGCCCGAGGGCACUAGAUUUGGGGUUAAGAAGGGCUAUACGCCUUGAACAGCAGGCUGGAGGUACGGAUUUACGGUUUAGCUGUAUCGCUCUGUCUCGGAAAGCUUAAGUCUCUGAGGAUAGAAUAGUGUCACGAAGUCUUCAAGGUCUGCCUUUUAUGCACAAUUCUAAACCAGAGCCUGUGAGGAGUACUAGAGUAUUUAGUAUGUCCUAUGUCUAGCUUGCUAUUUGCCCCCUAUUGAUAGAGAUCACAUUUGGACUUGAGUACCUAGAACAACGGAAAUACUGGGUUCCGGGCGGUGUUACCUAUUCUUAAUAGAGAAUAUAGAAACCGUUUACUGCAUG